AUGGUAAGGAACAGGCCACAUGUGUGCAUGGAGCAGGAGCUGGCUAUGGUGGGACACAGACAACCUUGUGUGCAGGCUUUCACACGGAUGGUUAAAGUGUGGAAACAGGGAUGUACUGCACAGCGGUGGUGUGUUGGGUAUGAAAGGAGGACUGGGUAUUAUACUGCCUAUAGACAGGUGUACAACGUGGAGCUCCAGAACAUCUAUAAAUGCUGCCCAGGGUGGAACCAGCAGAACGAGGAGCCUGGCUGCUUACAUCCUACAUGUGCUAUUGGUACAUGCUUCAAUGGAGGGAAGUGUGCUGAAGGAAUUUCUCAGGUGUGCCAGUGUCCAGAGGGAUUCCAGGGCCCCCGAUGCCAGUAUGAUGUGAAUGAAUGUGUCACAGAAAAUGGAGGUUGCCAAGAUCAGUGUUGCAACACCAUCGGCAGUUAUUAUUGCAAGUGCCCAACAGGACAGAGAUUGGCGACUAAUGGGAAAAUUUGUGAAGAUGUUGACGAGUGCACUGUGGUCAAUGGAGGUUGCCAGCAAAGUUGUGUCAACACCCAAGGGUCCUUUUACUGUGAAUGUGAGCCUGGCUAUAAGAUCCACGCAGAUGGUCGCACAUGCAUCACUGUCAACUCCUGUUCCAUGAACAAUGGUGGCUGUGAGCAUGAGUGUGUGCAGAUUAGUGAAAACCACUACCAGUGCCUUUGUCAACGGAACUACCAGCUGAAGAGAGAUGGGAAGCACUGCGAAUUGAAAGAUCCAUGCAGUGAGAGGAACGGUGGGUGUGGCCACAUAUGCCGCAAUGAAGCUGGAUUUGCACAAUGUGAAUGUAAUCCUGGAUAUCAGCUAAUGGUGAAUGGGAAAAGCUGUGAUGACAUUAAUGAGUGUACCACAGGAAUUGCAAUGUGUGCUCAUCAAUGUGUCAAUAUCCUGGGAUCAUUCAGCUGCAUCUGUAAUCCUGGCUUUGAGCUGGGUUCUGAUGGGAAGCAGUGUUACCGUAUUGAAAUGGAGAUUGUGAACAGCUGUGAAAGGAACAAUGGUGGUUGUACUCACCACUGCAAACACACAACCAAUGGGCCCUCCUGUUCCUGUAAUGUCGGAUAUCUACUGGACUCUGAUGGGCGUACAUGUCUUGAUUCCAAUGAGUGUGAGACUGACACAGCAUGCUGUGCACAAGACUGUAAUAACAAUCCUGGAGGCUAUGAAUGCAGCUGUCGAGCAGGAUACAGGCUGAACAUGGAUGGAUGCAGCUGUGAUGAUGUGGAUGAGUGCACAGCAGACAAUGCUGGCUGUGACCAUCUGUGUAUAAACACCCUUGGAUCCUAUCAGUGUACAUGUCAGGGAGGAUACAGACUGGACACAGACAGGAAAAGCUGUACUUCUCUUGAUGAUGAAUUUGAAGGAGAGUUGGAUGAAGAGGAGGAAGGAAUAGAACUGUCCAGGUUCCAAGAUAUUCUAUUAAGAACCCCUCCACAGCUUCUUCACUACAAAUCCUCCCUGACGCCCUUCUAUCAGGAAGAUAUGAGGAGUGAACUCAGACUUGUGCAUAAAAUCAUUUGCUUAGAUAAUACCUUUGGGAAUGACUGCAGCCUGACCUGUAAUGAUUGUUUUAAUGGAGGCAUCUGCAAUGCUGAGGGAGAUGGCUGCAGCUGUCCUGCAGGAUGGGCAGGCCUCAUCUGUAAUGAAACAUGUCCCCAGGGUACCUUUGGGAAGGACUGCAAUAGCAUCUGCAAGUGUAAGAAUGGAGGAUCGUGUGAUGCAGUCACAGGGACAUGUCGCUGCCCACCUGGAAUUGGUGGAGAAUUUUGUGAAGAUGGCUGUCCAAAAGGAUUCUUUGGGAAAGGCUGUAAUAAGCGAUGUAAUUGUGCCAGCAAUGGCUACUGUCACCGAUUCUAUGGGGCUUGUUUGUGCGAUCCUGGAUUAUAUGGACGCUUCUGCCAUUUAUCUUGUCCUAAGUGGGCAUUCGGACCUGGAUGUUCCAAAGAAUGUCAGUGUGUACAAGCACAUGCAGCGGGCUGUGACCCCAAAAAUGGCACAUGUAUUUGUAAACCAGGUUUCCACGGCCUCCGAUGCGCAAAAGAAUGCAAAGUUGGCUCCUAUGGUGUUGGCUGUAAAUUCCAUUGUGACUGUCCCAUUGGUGUGCCAUGUGAUCACAAGACUGGCGAGUGUAAACACCAGUGCCCACCAGGGUUCCACGGAGAGCAAUGUCACUUGACUUGUAACUCCAGGAGAUUUGGGGUUAACUGCAGACAGAACUGUGACUGUGGAGGGGCAUCUUGCGACUCACGGACUGGCCAGUGUAUCUGCCCUGCUGGCAAAAUGGGAUUGUCGUGUGAAAUAGAUUGCCCGGCUGGUCGCUGGGGCAUAAACUGCCAGUUCUCCUGCGGUGAUUGUGAAAAUGGAGGUGUUUGUAACAAGGAGCUGGGGAUAUGUGACUGUCCUGCAGGAUUCACCGGAGCACUUUGUCAGGACGCUUGCCCCCUGGGUUAUUAUGGGCCAUCUUGUCAAUAUUCCUGCCGCUGUGAAAAUGAUACACAGUGUAACGCUGUAACUGGAGACUGUGUCUGUGGCCCUGGCUGGAUGGGGCAUGACUGCAAAGCACUUUGUGACGUGGGCCGAUGGGGCAUAGGCUGCAAGAAUGUCUGUGACUGCAACAGUGCUGAUGGGAGCUGUGAUCCUGUGACUGGCCACUGUCUGUGUGAGGCAGGAUACACAGGGGAUCAUUGUGAACAGAAGUGCCCUGGUGGAAGCUAUGGUUCAAGGUGUAAAUUCACAUGUCAGUGUGACAACGGAGCAGCUUGUGACCAUGUGAGUGGCGCAUGCACCUGUGCAGCAGGAUGGACCGGAACUUUCUGUGAAAGAUCAUGUCCUGAUGGAUUUCAUGGCUUUGACUGCCAGCAGAUGUGCAACUGCAGAAAUGGUGCCAGAUGUGAUCAUGUGACUGGAGCGUGCCACUGUCCUCCAGGCUGGCUGGGACCUCAGUGCAGCCAGCCGUGUCAGGGACAGAGGUAUGGUCAGGGAUGCAGCCAGAUGUGUAACUGCUCCAAUAAUGCAGCAUGUGACCACAUGACUGGCCAAUGCCUGUGCACUCCCGGAUGGACAGGAACUGCAUGUCACCAACGAUGCCCUGCUGGGUCCUAUGGACUGAACUGCUUACAGCCCUGUAUCUGCAGGAACACAGCCCAGUGUGACCAUGUGAAUGGCUCAUGCACUUGCCCCAAAGGGUGGACUGGUAUAGCUUGCGAGCUUGAAUGUGAAGAUGGGCGGUAUGGGGAGGGAUGUCAGCAAUACUGCAGCUGCAGUAAUGGGGGAACCUGCGAUCGAAACACUGGACAGUGCAUUUGCAGACCUGGCUGGAUUGGAGAAACAUGUCAGACUCGUUGCCCAGUUGGAUAUUACGGAGAGCGUUGUGAGGAGAGAUGUGACUGUGAAAAUGCCAUUUCCUGCCACCACGAGACUGCAGCUUGUCAAUGUGCCCGAGGUUGGCGGGGGAAGAGAUGUGAGAAACCGUGUUUGCCUGGUUACUAUGGAGAGAACUGUGGCCAGAGCUGUGAGUGCCCUCCUGGCAUUGCCUGUAACCAUGUGACCGGGGGAUGUGGCUGUCCGGCUGGAUUCACUGGCAAUGGUUGUGAAGAAAAUUGUACGCCAGGUACCUACGGACAGAACUGUAACCAGGUGUGUCAGUGUUCAGGAGUGAAUGAGGAGUGCAACCCUGUCACUGGGAAAUGUACCUGUCUACCUGGCUAUCAUGGUACCCGCUGUGAUCUCCAAUGUCCAGAGGGAACCUAUGGACCCUACUGUCGAGAGAGCUGCAAAUGCCAGAACGAGGGUCAGUGUGACACUGUGACUGGAACCUGCAGCUGUCCUCCUGGAUUUAUUGGACCAGACUGCAUGAUCACUUGUCCAGAAGGCUUUUAUGGGAAAGACUGUAUGAUGUUGUGUCCUUGUGGUGAAGGAGGUCGAUGUGACCCUGUGACAGGAAAAUGCCAGUGUCAGUCUGGCACAAUGGGUUCUACCUGCCAGAAAGUGUGUCCAAAGGGAAGAUAUGGACUAGACUGCUUGGAAUUCUGUGCCUGUCAGAAUAAUGGUAUCUGUAACCCAGAAGAUGGGACAUGCUCCUGUGGACUUGGAUGGACUGGUACCCAUUGUCAAAAAGAGUGCUCUGUGGGGAAGUAUGGAGCCAAUUGCCAGUUCGACUGUUUGUGUUGGAAUAACGGAACCUGUGAUCGGCUGACUGGCAGCUGUCAGUGUUUGGAGGGUUUCUAUGGCCCUUUGUGUGAACAUGCUUGCCCUCUGGGGUUUUAUGGUUUAACCUGCGCUCACUCCUGUGACUGUAAGCACGGUGCUGCUUGUGAACCCAGCACAGGCCAGUGCAUCUGUCCACCUGGCUACCAUGGCGAUUACUGUGAAAAAGCUUGUGAAGCUGGACAUUUUGGGGAGAGAUGCCAGCAGAUGUGUGAUUGUGAAGGCCUCACAUCAUGCCAUCCUGUAACAGGAAAGUGCCUUUGCCCACCAGGUAGAACUGGAGACCGAUGUGAUAGCGAAUGCAGGACAAACCGAUAUGGACCUAACUGCUCCUUGACCUGCAAUUGUGCUAACAAAGCUCACUGCAACUCCCGCAAUGGAAGCUGCGUAUGCUCCUUUCAGUGGAUGGGGCCUACUUGUGAAGAAGAAGAUACAAAUAACAUGCCAGAAACACUUUUAAAUGAAGAGGUGAAAGUGAAGGAGAAACUUAAAAUGAUCUGGGAAAGGGUACUGAGGAAAGUAUUAGAACGAAAGAUGGACAAGUCACUAGGACCUGACGGACUUCAUCCUAGGCCUGAAAAGGAGUGCCUGCGGAGAUAG